UUGGUUUUGGUUUUUGGUUUUUUGGUUUUUGUAAAACAAUGAAUAUGUCAAUGAUAACGAUAACAGUGGCCAUAAUGUUAUUUUUAUUGAUACAAAUAAUUUCAUCUACAUUUGUACAUGGAUUUCUUGGACCAACUGUACAUGAUAUAAUGACCAUUGGCCAAUUGAAAGAUAAAUCAUUAUUAAUAAUAACUAAAGAUAAAACAUCAUAUAUUAUUGAACGUAAUAAAAAAGAUGAAUGGACAAAUACAUGGCCAGUAUCCGAAGGUAAUGGUACAAGUAUGGAAAAACGUUGGCCAUGGAUUGAUAAAUUAUCAUUAUAUGAAAAAUUCAUUGCAAAUGACCAUAUACGUGAUUCGGCCGUCAUACAAACUAAUGAUGGUAAUGAUGGUAUUAUGUUAUAUGGUGAAAAAACCACAUUAUUAUUGAAUCUGGACAAACAAAAAGCAUCAAUAGUGGAUACAACAAAAAUAAAAAAUUUCAAUCUAUUAUUACCAUUAUCCAUAAUGAAUCGAUCAUUAUCAUUUAUGGAAAAUGAUACAAAAUCAUUGACAAUAAGAAGUUAUGAAUGGAAAAAUGAUCACCUAGCAAAUCAUAGUAAUAUUGAUUAUUUAUAUUGUUCAAAUGGUUUGGUUACCAUUGCUCAUUGUCCAAAAGGUACAAUGGCCAUGCCAUUUCCAGUGAUAAAAAAAGUAUUUGCAAAUGAAAAAAAUGAUUUAAUAUUUUUUGAUGAUACUGCUAAAAUGGUUUAUAAAUUUCCAUUAUUUUCUGGAUUAAUGUCCAAAACAAAAAAAUCAUUUUUUCUACACGAUGAACCAAUGGUCAAUAGUCGUUUAUUGUUAUUCUUAAUGAUGCUGUUGAUCAUGAUUGCUAUUGUUGAAUUUUUAAUAAUAAUCAAAUGUGGCUAUGAUCAUGGCCGAAUGAUUGGCCAUGUACGAAGAUUAUCAAAAUUAAAUUCAACAAAAAAUGUUCGUCGUCCCGUUGUUCUUGAUGAUGAUAGUUCAUCAAUAAUUCAAACAAAAGAUAAAAGUAAAAAACCAAAAAAAGCAGUAUUACCACCACCAGCCGUACAAGCACCAGCUAUGGCAGCUGAUUCAUUUGUAAAUAAUGAUAAUAGUUCAUCAGCAAUGGCAACAUCAUCAACAGGUUCAAAAGCAAAAUCUGAGACAAGUAAUAAUAGUUCAACAACAACAACAACAACAACAACAGCGGAAAAAAGUCAAUCAACUAAAGGAUUAAAAUCCGAUAUAUCGGAUGUAGAACAACAAUCAACAUUAUCGGAAAUUUCAACAUCAAAUAAAAAACGUAAAACAAGUCCACCAAGUGUAUCGAAUAAAAAACCUAAAAGUGCCAGUAAAUCAAAGAAAAAAGGUGAUAAUAAUUCAACAAAGAAAAAA